GUCGUAUAAAAUUAACAAAACGCAACAGCCUGCCGAGUUUUACACCGUCCUCCACGUCUAUCAGCUACAUACCUAGGCUCGAAGUUACACUGAAAUACGAGAGAUAAGACUCAAAAUGGCAGAUGUUCAAUGCUGUGGAAAAUGCACCGGCGCGAAGGCCACAUGCGACGAGGGCUGCAAGUGCCCAAAGUGUCAGUGCUGUGAAUGCAAGGACAAGGAAUGCUGUACUACUGAGGGAGAGGCCUGCAAGGAGUCUUGCCCUUCAUGUACCACUGCUAAUUGCUGCUGUAAACCAGAGUGUGCCAAUUGCGCUGGAAAGGACUGCUGUAAGGAUGGAAAGCCUUGCACGGAGAACUGUCCACAAUGCGUGAAGACCGAAGGUUCUCCUUCUGAGUAACGGUGCGGCAGUUCCUGGAAAGCUCCGGUAGCCUAUUUAUUAAAAAAUGAAAAAAAAAAAACAAAAAAAAAAAACAGAGAUGUACAAAAGUCAUAACUGUCUCAAAGCCAACAUGAACACAUGAAGGUCUUCAGCCACAUAAAAGUUGGGGCAAACUGACCAGAUAAUACGAAACCGCAUAAUUUGUCAAAAUCAUGUUUUAGGCUAUAUACCACAUUGUAUGGACAUCUGUAUACGUUGUUGUUUGCUUUUGAAAAUAAAAUCUUUAAUUUAGCCGUAGAGUAUAGUUUCAAUAAAGAUGAUAUAACGAA